AGGAAAAUCACGGAGCUGGGACCUUACCACCUCUCUCUCUCUCUCUCUGUCUCUCUCUCUUUCUCUCUCCCUCGCUCUCUCUGGCCGUCAGCGGACUCCUUUCUCUGCACACGUCCUUCUCUGAAAUGUGUGUGUGCGCGGAGGGGAGCGGAGGAAUAAAGUGUGUGUGUGCGUGUGAGGGUGCAUGUCCGGAGCGAGAGGAGGCAGCGGGAUUAUUCGGCGCUAUCGAAAUAUUUCAACACGUCGCCCUCGCCGCUGCAGGACGGACGCCAAUAAGAGGGAACGCGUUUUAACCGGAAUGCCGAUAUUGUAAAACGGCAGCAGGAGAGCAAAGAAUGCGCCUCGGUCAAUUAAGUGACUCACCCGAGUUGGUUUAAUUCGACUAAUGUCCGAGAGCCAGCGAGACGCGCAGAGGUGUCCGGUGCGUGUCAGCCUCUGAAGAAAAUCGGUCUCGCAGCACUCCUGAAGAUUAAUGGAGAACAUUCUCGCCUUCCUCCGGGCAGAGUUUUGACCAACAGUUCCACAAAAGGACUGCAGAGACUUCAACGGCAACUUGUCUGAGAAAAAGAGUGGAUACUUAUUUCUGCAGAGCUGAAGGAGGAAUUUCCGAAAAACUUCAGAUUUGAGUUUCUCCUCCUUUCUUUUUUUUUUAUUUUCCCCUUGCGCGCAGCCGUCCCUGCUGUUAGAAGCAGUAGUCCACAUCCAGCUAGCCCUAUACAUCUGUUGCCUGCACUUGGAUGAACUUCCUGAUGAGAGAUCCAAUCAUACAAGGAUCGAGUAUGGCAUAUCAUCCGUUUAUACCUCACCGGGGACCGGAAUUUGCCAUGAGCGCAAUGCUGGGCCACCAGCCUCCGUUCUUCCCGGCCCUGGCUCUCCAACACGGCGGCUCCCUGUCCCUGCCCGGCGGCCUGGGGAAGCCGAUCAUGGACCAGCUGAUGGGAGCCGCGGAGUCCGGCCUCCACUUCUCCUCGCUGGGGCACCAAGCCGCGGCCGCCCACCUCAGGCCUCUCAAGACCCUGGAGCCUGAGGAGGAGGUGGAGGACGAUCCCAAAGUUCACCUGGAAGCCAAGGAGCUUUGGGAGCUCUUCCACAAGAGAGGCACCGAGAUGGUGAUCACGAAAUCCGGAAGGCGGAUGUUCCCCCCUUUCAAAGUGAGAUGCACUGGCCUGGACAAGAAGGCCAAAUACAUUCUCUUGAUGGAUAUAGUUGCAGCCGACGACUGCAGGUACAAGUUUCACAACUCCCGCUGGAUGGUGGCGGGCAAGGCCGACCCCGAAAUGCCAAAGAGGAUGUACAUUCACCCGGACAGUCCGGCUACUGGCGAACAGUGGAUGUCAAAAGUCGUCAAUUUUCACAAACUCAAGCUGACGAACAACAUCUCGGACAAGCAUGGAUUUGUAAGUUCAACUAAUACCAUUCUGAACUCCAUGCACAAAUACCAGCCUCGGUUUCACAUUGUGCGCGCCAACGACAUUCUCAAGCUCCCGUACAGCACCUUCAGAACGUAUGUUUUCCCUGAGACGGACUUCAUUGCCGUGACUGCGUAUCAAAACGACAAGAUAACCCAGCUGAAAAUUGACCAUAAUCCCUUCGCCAAAGGAUUCCGUGACACGGGAAACGGGAGACGGGAAAAGAGGAAACAGCUGGCCCUGCAGUCCAUGCGCUCAUACGAGGAGCAGCAGAAAAAGGAGAACGGGGCUUCAGACGACUCCUCCGGAGAGCAGGCUUCCUUUAAGUGCUUCGGCCAGGCCUCGUCCCCCGCCGUGUCCACCGUGGGGCCCCCACACCUGAAAGAUUUCUGUGACAGCGACGAGGACAGCGACGACGAGAGCAAAGAUGGACACACCAAGGAUGGCCCGGACUCCAGCAAGAUCUCCACGACCACGGAGGACGGGAAGGACCACGAGACGAGCCCGGCCAAGGGACAUGCCUUUGGCAGCAGUGACUCUAGCAGCAGGGUGAAGGACAGCGGCCCCAGGACUGAGAAAAGCCAGGCGGACUCUCGGCAGAGCCCCAUCACCGUCAUCUCGAGCACCACCCGCUCCGGAGAAGACCUGAAGAGCCCCGGCCUGGAGCAGCCCAAAACGGACGAGUGCAGGUCGAUGAGCAAGGACAGCUUUAUUCCUCUGAGCGUGCAGACGGACAGUCCGCACAUGGGCCACAGCCACAUGCAUAAUUUCGGAUUUCCAACAGGCCUAACGGGACAGCAGUUCUUCAACCACUUAGGGGGCGCGCAUCCCUUUCUUUUGCACCCCAGUCAGUUCAACAUGGGAGGUGCGUUCUCAAACAUGGCGGGCAUGGGACCACUAUUGGCCGCGGUGUCCUCGGGAGGAGUGAGCGCCAUGGACACGGCGAGCAUGGCAUCGUCGCAGCAGAGCAUGACGGGAGCGCCGGGCCUGCCCUUUCAUCUGCAACAACAUGUCUUGGCAUCGCAGGGCCUCGCCAUGUCCCCCUUCGGCAGUUUGUUCCACUACCCCUACACGUACAUGGCAGCGGCUGCAGCGGCCUCGUCCGCCGCCGCCGCCUCGUCCGUGCACCGGCACCCCUUCCUGAACGCGGUGCGGCCCCGGCUCAGGUACAGCCCCUACUCCCUCCCCAUGACGGUACCGGACAGCACGCUGCUCAACACCGCCAUGCCCUCCAUGGCUGGCGGCGGGAGCGACCUGAAAGGGGACGGCAUGGUCCCGGCCAGCCCAGUGUCUGCAGUCACCCUGGAUUCCACCUCGGAGGUGACCGGCCACUCCAACAUGUCCUCGGUGUCCAUGUCCCCAAAAACUUGUGCGGAGAAAGACGCGGCCAACGAGCUGCAGAGCAUCCAGCGCCUGGUCAGUGGACUGGACUCGAAUCAGGACAGGUCACGGAGCGGAUCCCCCUAGGAUUUGAUUUGCCCUUUUUAUUAUUAUUAUUAUUAUCAUCAUUAUUUUUUUGACACACACACACACACACACAACCACCACCACCUGCUUCUUCUCGUUUUUGUGGUUCUCUCAUGAAAAGUGUUGACGGUGAAGAAGACAAACAAUAGGGAGACACUCUUGAAACUCUCAUGACUAAGAAAACUAAAAAAAAAAGAUGAACUGAUGGACGUUUUAGUUUCUGAAAUGCACUUUGGUUAAUACACAUCCGAUAUGUACAAGUUUCCUAUUUUUUUUUUGUCCUCUUUCUCUCUUAUUUCAUUUUCUCUUUGUUAAAUUAAACACUUCUAUCCUGUCAUUUGAAUACCGUACAAGUAUUGAAACUGAAAAAGUUGGCAUGGGUGUGACUUAACAGAUUUGGGGAGAAGUUGCUGCUGUGUCCCGUCUCCCAACUUUAUUGUACACGAGGAGAAACGUGUUUUGUAAUAUGCACUCUGAAUUGAUUGGACUUGUUUGAAUUCUCUAUCGAUUAAUCUACCUUUUUUUUUUUUUUAAGAAAAAAAGAAAAGACUGCUGUAUUUUGUUGUACACUAUUCAUUGAUAUAUUGGCCAAUUGUUGCAUGCCCCAAAAACCCCAACGAAUGUUACUUUAAAAAAACUAAAUAAAUUAAAACGAAAAACAAGUAACUCACCACAUUAAAUUUGAUUAAGGAUUUGAAAAAAUACAUAAUUUUUUCCUUGAUUUAAUUUCAUUAUCAGAACAGGCUUAUUGACAUGCUGUUGUGGGACAGAUCCAUGACCCAGGCAUGCGGAAUUUAUGCCAAUUGUCAAAGGGAAGCAGAAAUUUAAAUACAAAAAACAAAAAAAAAGUGAAAGGUAGUAUUGAUUAUAGGUGUACAUAGGGAUAUAUAAAAUAUUUAUGUAAUUAUUUCAUAUUGUUAUUGCGUGUAAAUACAACGGAGUAGUUUGUUUCUAGGGAUCUGUUCUUAAUUUAUUGUCGUUAUACCUGUGUAAAGAUAGUUUGUGGGCUAUUAUCCUUUUGUUGCCAUCUGCAUUUAUACCCCCACCCCCCAUCCACCCACCCACCUUAAAAUAUGGACUUUAUCCCCCCCCCCCCCCUCAAAAAAAUAUCCACUGAUAGUUACUCACACUCAUGUGCCAUUGUAUUUUCACUUGUUGUCCCCGUGUGUGAAGUGCUACUGUUUCAAAACGAAUGGGGAAAGCGACGACGCACUGCACCAAUGGCUUGAAAAAAAAUAUUCAUAUUAUAAUUUUUUUUAGAAGACAAAAAACAAAACAAAAAAAAAACAAGGAGGCGUCGUUGGAGUGUGACAAAGGUGGACUAUUUUUCUGCUAUUAAAAAAAAAGAAAAAAAGAAUUACUUUGCGAACCUGGUCGUGAAAGUGCCGCAUAAUCGAAAAAAAUAUGAAGGUUUCUUUUUGUGUUUCUUAAGUUUGUCAGUGGGUUAUGUUGUA